UUGAAAGAUCAAUUGAUGCGACAAAUCAAUCCCCUCACUAUCACCAGGCCGCAUGUGACAGUUGAUGCUCUGGUUCAAUUGUCAACCUACCUGACUGAAACGGGAUAUUCGCAACUGGCAUUCCCAGUCCUACUUCUACAGGAAUAUUUGACCAGACCGUGUAUCUUAAGUCAGGCAAAUUUAAGCUGUGCCUCGUCUACGUCUAACCUGCUUGUUCGUUUAAAACUCAUGGAGUUGUGCUGUUAUUUGAAUUUGGAAAACGGGAUCGCUCAUCAUCAGGGUUUUCUUGGCAACUUGGGACCGAACGAAGACGAGAUAGCGAAAGCCCUGAUCGAUGAAGCUAGUCAGUCGGGUCGAAAGGUGUGCAGUCGCCUGACCACAAGUUGGCUGGAAAUAGCCGAACGUUUGAUUCAACUAAGUCAAGGGACCUCUGCAAGACAGUACUUGGAAUUAGCUGAACGAUUUGGCACAGGUCAAUUACAUCAAAGACGUUUGUUAUUUGCCAAGGCGAAGUUGGCUCUAGUCGAAGGUCAGUAUGGUCUAUCACGCAACUUUCUGGCCGAACUAUCAGUAAGUUCAACUCGUGUGAAAUUGUGUGAGGUUGUUCUAGUACUAAUUGUAGUCAAAGCUUAA